UGAUGGAGUUUCUGCAAAAGCAAGAGGAAUCCCAGGGACAUCCACGAGAAUGAAGAUUCUUCUUCAACAAAAACAAACAAAAAAAUAAAACCCAUCUGCAUUUGGAUAACAUCCAUAAAACUUUUUGGUCAGUGAUCCUUCUCCAGACAAAAAAAAAAAAAACAAAGAAAAAGAAAAAUCAACCUCCCAAGAUAAAUGCACUAAUAAAUGCCUUUGAUCAGUGUCCCUCUCUGCCUCUCUGGCCUUGCUGUGUCUGUAUAGUCCACUUCCUUUAAUACCACCUUACAUUCAGACUUUUUUUUUUUUGUAUGCAUACAGUAUCAAUUUCUGUUUUCAAGGUUUCUCUGCAAUUGGCUUCCGCUUCUUGCUUUUUGUUCUUUGUUCGCCUACACCUACAGAGUAUCUUUCUGUGAGACAUAUUCUCUGGUUUUGGACCACGAACUCUGCUUGUUUGUUCUUGUUCCGUUGCUAUUGUCGUCGGUUUCUUAUCAAGGUUGUUAAGACUCCAUUUUUGGGGAGAAGUGCUUCUUUGUCUUUUUCUUUAGUGGAUUUUCUGGCCUUUUCUAUCAUUUCCAUCUACUGCUGCUCUUUGCCGUUGAUGGGUUCUCUCCUAGCCAUUCUAUUCAUGAACCUUGGCUUCCAAUGUAGCACGAUUUGAGGCUGUAAUUUCAUUUGUUUUCUUCUCGAAUUUGUCCAAAUUCAUGGUUCGCAACUACAUUUAGGUGUCGUUACUUGUAGAGCUUUGUUUUGAUUUGGUGAUUCUGUGUAGAAAUCUUUGAUGGGUCUUAUUGGGUGAAUCUUAGAUUUUAUAAAUAUGCUCCAAAUUUAAUGUGUCACUCAUCUUUGCGGAGAAACGAGUGCUCCAAUACUUACAAUGGGUCAUCUGUACUUGCCCCUUUUAUUGUUCCUUUUGUUCGUCUUCUUUAUCCCAACCACCCCCGCAUUACAGACCUAUCAAGGGCAAGUCCUAUUGCAGCUAAGGAAGCAUUUAGAGUACCCUUCACAACUGGAUUUUUGGGAGAAUUACAAUGGCGACCUUUGCAAUGUUGCGUCAACUGCACAUAUGAGUCUCUCAUGCGAGGACAACUUUGUCUCUGAGCUCAAAAUUAUGGGAGACAGCAGGCUUGUCGAGGUUAGUGACUUCAAUGGAUUUGCUGUUUCCAACCGAACUUUGUCUGAGAGUUUCUCCAUUGACUCAUUUGUCACCACAUUGACAAGACUAACCAGGUUGAGGGUUCUUAGAUUGGUGUCUCUAGGGAUCUGGGGAGCACUACCUGAUAAGAUUCAUAGGCUGUAUUCGCUUGAACUUUUAGACUUGAGCUCGAAUUUUAUGUUUGGUUCUGUUCCACUUGGAAUGUCAAGGAUGGCUAAUCUAAGUUCUCUAACGCUGGAUAGCAAUUACUUCAAUGGGACUGUUCCUGAUUGGUUUGAUUUGUUGUCGAAUCUCACUGUUUUGAGCAUGAAAAGCAACAGAUUUACUGGUCCAUUUCCUUCUUCGAUAUGCAAAAUUACAACGCUAACCGACCUUUCUUUGUCUCACAAUGAGCUUUCUGGUAGAUUGCCUGAUUUAAGCACCUUACCUAACCUGAAAGUAUUGGAUUUAAGGGAAAACAAAUUUGAUUCUGGGCUACCUGGAAUGUCUAAAGGGUUGGUUACAGCUCUUCUGAGCAAGAACGGCUUCUCAGGGAAGAUUCCUGAACAAUUUAGUGAACUGGGUCAGCUUCAGCACCUUGAUAUUUCCUUCAAUAAUCUGAUUGGGACACCUCCCUUUGCAUUGUUCUCUUUGCCAAAUAUCAGUUAUUUGAAUUUGGCAUCCAACAAGCUUAGCGGGUCGCUUCCAAAUCAUCUGACUUGUGGUGAUAAGCUUGGGUUUAUCGAUAUUUCGGCUAACAAGUUGAUAGGUGAACUUCCCUCUUGCUUGGACAAUAUUCCCAAUGAGAGAGUUGUUAUGUUCAGUGGGAAUUGCUUGUCAAUUGAUGCACAACACCAGCAUGAGGAGUCAUACUGUAGGGAAGCUAAUGUGAAGGGUGAACAUUCUAGACGUAGACUAUUAGGAAUAUUAGUUGCGGUUGUUGGUGGAGUUGUUCUCAUUAUGGUGCUAUUAGCAUUUCCGGUUUAUUUUUUGCAUCGAACAUGCUGUUUUAGAAGCACUUUUGAGCAGCAUAUGUUUCCCAAGGUUGCGAUAGAGACUUCAUCAACAGGGAUUUCUUCUGAGGUGCUUGCAAAUGCCAGAAUCAUUUCCGAAGCAGCUAAGCUAGGGACACAAGUUGCUCCAGUCUGCCACUUAUUUUCCUUGGAAGAGUUGAAGGAAGCCACAAACAACUUUGAUUUAUCAACAUUUAUGGGUGAAGGCUCCAUUGGAAAGAUUUACAAAGGGAGAUUGGAGAAUGGGACAUAUGUUGCUAUACGAUCUCUGUCUCUCUUGAAGAAACAAUCAAUUCAAAACCUCAAGGUUCGGCUGGAUUUACUAUCAAAGCUUCACCAUCCACAUUUGGUUGGUCUCUUGGGUCAUUGUAUUCUAGGUGGCGUACCUGAAAAUUCUAGUACAAACAAAAUCUUCCUUGUAUAUGAAUUUCUACCCAAUGGAAGUUAUGGCACUCACCUUUCAGAAAAUUUUGCUGGGGAAGUCCUUAAGUGGCCUGAGAGACUGGCAAUUUUAAUUGGUGUUGCCAAAGCGGUGCAUUAUCUGCAUACUGGUGUAAUUCCUGGUAAUUUUGACAAUCGAUUGAAAACAAACAAUAUCCUGCUCGAUGAACAUCGGAUCGCAAAGCUAAGUGAUUAUGGAAUGUCCAUAAUCACAGAAGAAUUCGGAAAACUAGAGACAAGGGGAGACGGCUCAAAGACAUGCCAGGGGACAAACAUAAAGGAUGAUGUUUACAACUUUGGAUUUAUUCUACUUGAAUCGCUUGUGGGUCCUAUAGUUUGCAGUAACGGAGAAGCAUUUCUGCUGAAUGAAAUGCAGGCAUCCUUCAGCAGUCAGGACGGUCGAAAAAGAAUCGUGGAUCCUGUUGUACUAACUACUUGCUGCCAAGAGUCAUUAUCGAUUGCGAUUUCCAUCACAAAGAAAUGCAUAUCUCCUGAACCAUCAUCUCGUCCUUCUUUUGAGGAUGUCCUAUGGAACUUACAAUACGCUGCUCAAGUUCAGGCCACAGCUGAUACCGAGCAGAAGUCAGAUUCUACGUCCCAGUCAUAAGUUUUGCUGUAGGGAGUGCCGUAACUUUCGUGAACAACACAAGGUGGAUCUGUACAUUGGCUGCCUUUUCUCACUAAGAAAUGUAAAGUUUGUAAAUGCCAUUACUCUGAUUAGCUUUUGUUAUAUAAAACACAAUGUUGGGUUAAAAUAGAAAGGGCAGUGGGUAUAGUAGUGAGCAUUUCUGCAGUGGUGUAUGCUAGAGAUGAACGAUCCAGCCAAGAAUGGUAGUUGAAUGAAAGAGUUGCAGAGGAUGAGAAUUAUGGUAGGAUUAGUGAGUUGUUGUGGAAUAAGUAGUUAGUUGAAGUGAAUUGAAUGAUGAAUUGGUGGAUGUAUUUCUAGUUUACAA